AUGGCUUUUGCGCUCCUAAUCGACCGCGAAAUGUGCGUUUGUGGCGCCGGCGAAAAAAUCGUGGAUGCUUGGAGUGCAAGUAACAACAACAAGGCCCCAAAUCUCUUGAUGGGCGUCAAAAUUGACAAAGCUUUCACGGUUCGUCGUCCUCAAGGGAUCGUUUUCGACUGGGAAAGCGUUUAUAAUUCGACCACAGUUCUCUUUGAACUCUCUUUAAACAAAGCUGCUUCGACUAAAAUGAAGAAACGCGUCUCAAAACUCGAAAUGGCGGCGGAAUCUUCGGAUCGUGAAGUCAUGGAGCAACAACGAAAGGACUCCAGAUCAGGUCGAACGUUACUUCUGAAGGGACAGAUGAUGUAUUUGCGUGACAUUGACGCUCUGAUCUACUUGUGCAGUCCUUUGAUCUCCGAUUUGCAGGAAUUGGGCGACAUGGGUUUGUAUUUGAACGAUUUGCAUGACCACGGAUUGAGCAAGGAGAUGGUUUUCAAUGGAUUUAGUCAUUAUUCGAAGCUGGAUUUGUUGUGUGAGAAGGAAGAAGCACGUGCUGAGGAGCUGGAAACGUCGUUGGCACUCGCUGAUAGUUGGAAGAAGCAAGGAGAUGAACUUUUGUACUCGAUGAUUCCCAAAACUCUCGCCGAAAGACUCCAAAAUGGCGAAGAUGCGCUCGAUUGUGUGACGAAAUAUGACUGCGCGAGUGUCAUUUUUGCCGAAACAACGAUAAAAAUCGCCGAUGGCGAGACGUUGGAAGAUGCCAUGAAGACUGUCAACAUCCUGAAUACCGUUUUUUCGUCAUUUGAUGAGUUGGUGACGUCUCCCAUUUCGUACAAAGUUGAAACUGUGGGAAUGGUCUAUAUGGCAGUUUCAGGAGCUCCUGAUCUGAAUCCGCUUCAUACGUUUCAUGCGGCGGAUUUGGCUUUAGACAUGUUGGAGUCGAUUCAACGCUUGAACAAAGAAAUUGGGGGAGUUUCUGUCAAAAUUGGCUUCCAUUCGGGACCGUUAGUGGCGGGAAUUGUCGGUUUGAAGGUUCCGCGCUAUUGUUUGUUCGGAGAUACCGUCAAUACAGCAAGUCGCAUGGAGAGCUCAAGUCUUCCGGAUAAAAUUCAGACGACAGGAACGACAGCGGCGAUUCUCAUGAAAUCCAAAUACGAGCUGUCGUAUCGUGGGAAACGGAAAUGCUGA